UCCUAAAUUAAGCUAACAUGCUCGCUCAGUAUAGUCGAUUAUAUUGAUUCACAAUUUUGAGUCAAUACAAUUGGAAAUUAUCAUCCAUAUUCGUAGAACGAUGCACAAUAUCUUUAGGUACCGCACAUUUGCAAAGUCAUAACACUUAACUUCUUACAACAGAACAUUAGCAAGAUGAGUGAAAUGAUGGUUUAUAUAAAUGACGGCGCGUGUCAUCGUUACGUGUCUAAUACAGUCAAUAUACAGAAACGGAAUUUGAUGGUCAUCGCCAAGUUGGACAAUGGAUUCUUCUAUCCGGGCCAUGUCAUCCAACAGUGGGGCAAACCGGAAGAAGCAGAAGUAAAUUUCUACCAGUGGGGUAGGAGGCGUGUUCACCGGAACAACGUUAUUUCCAUUGGCGGAGCUGUGUCCUGCCCGCCGCUACACGUUUGGGACUACGUUUUGACGCGGAUGAGAGUGAUGGGACCGAGCGGUAUGUAUAUGCAGUAUAUGCCGGGCCGAGUCUGCUACGUGCCUCGUCUACCGCCCCUCGAACACAGAUUCUACUCCGUUAGACUUUACAAUGGCAAAGUUGUGGAGAAGAAGCGAAGAAUGCUGGUAAAGAUCGGCAAGUCACGCUACCUUGGAAUACUCAGCGGUAUCGGACUGGACUGUUGCCUGCGGGAAAGGCGCCAAUCAUUGGCUGUUGAUGAUGAUGAUGAUGAUGAUGACGAUGAUGAUGAUGAUGAUGAUGAUGAUGAUGACGAUGACUACCGUUGGGUUAAAAAAUAUCAUGAUGGCAUGGAUGAUGUUGGUAAUGAUUGUAAAAAGAAACCACAAAACGAACGAAGGAAUAGAAAAGACGCCAACGGCAGAGGCAGAAAAAAGAAGGAAAGAAGGCACGUGACGAAGAAAGAUGAAAGUUGCAGGAUUUUUGUUUUAGGAGGAAGUCUUGAACGUCAGCCAGAAAACGAAAAACACUGUAGCACCACCAAAAUUGAAAAGGAAAUCCAGACUCUUGGUGACAGAAUUGAUCAGAACGGAGACAAAAUCGGGCAAGAGAUCCAGACGUCUCGAAUCCAGAUUUCGGAGCAUUUAAUUGCACUUGAGCGACAAAUGGAAAACAAAACCGAACAAAAUGAAGUGAAUGUGCAGAUAAUCGAUGCGAAAUUCAAUACAGUUAGUUUGGAAAUGAGAGAGGAAAUACACGCUACUGGUGAAAAGAUUGUAAACGAAAUUAAAGCUAUAGGCGAUAAAUGUGGUAAAAAGACCCUGAGACAACAUACAACCCCACCCCCAACCCCACCACCACCACCAGGUUUGCACAACUUUGCUGCUGGCCUUAAAGUUGGCGACGAGGUAUUGGCCAAGUGGGCGGAUGAUGGCUGGUAUUACUUUGGACAAGUAGUAAGGAGGAGUGCACACGGAUUUGUUUGGGUGAAAGAUAGCUGUGGCCAUAUGGAGGAAAUCGGUCGUGAUUCCAUUCUGACGGAAGAGGAUCGAAUACACCCGCCAAUGACGAAUACAAAUUAUGUCAUAGCGCCUCUGCCACGCUACAUAUAUAGUUUUGGCCCGGGCAAAAUUAUAAACGGAGGCAGCGAAAUUGAAUUCUUUAACGGGGACAUCGUGAACGUGCGACGUGACAUGUAUGUCUAUAAGAUUACCAAAGAAAAAUACGAAAGAGAUAUCAGAGACAUUAAGGAACGAGAGGAAGAUAUGCAGGGUAAAGAAGUCCUCGUGCUGGACAAGGAUACUGGACGAUUUAUACUGACCACGAUAGAAAACCCUUUGGGCAAGGAAACAUUUAAAACCGCUCAAGGCCGUGAGGAACCUGGAAAAUUUAUUUUGCCACAAAAGCAAGUCUCUGUUUCGGACGCGGCCAGAAAGAAGUGGAAGUACGUAGCUGCUCCAGUUGAAAACGGGGAUGAAACGUACUACCUGCCAGCAAGGGUAAACUGGUCCACGAACAACGGGGAACCGAUUAUCACGUAUUGCGAUGGCACAAGGGAAACAACCGUUGAUAUUAACAACUGCUAUUAUCUCAACGAGAAUUUAUACAACCUCUGUGCCCGGCUUCACAAGAAGAAUGAGGAAAACAUACCCUUUUGAAUAUGCUUUGAUGCUUGAGACCUGUUUAUACAUAUAUAGUAUAUAUCAGAUUGGUUUUUGACGUUUCAUUUGAUACAUGAUUUCGUCAAAAUCCAUGUUUUUGUCUCGUUGACAUGGUGAAAACAACAAGUAUAAAAAUAUACAAAGUCAUGUAUAAUAUGCUAAAAGGAUUAAACAUCAUGUUUUCUGUUUUCAAUUAUUUGUGUGGGUAUUUUUGUAUGACAUUUUUGUAAUUUUGUGAGACAAACAAUGUAAAGAAUGUAUCUACAUGCGUUGCUAUGCACAUUUUCGAGAACCUUAAGAAUACCAACCUUGGUUAUGUUUUUCUUCCUUUUUUUACUUGUUGCUAAUUUGAUUCUUGACAAUAUACUACUGCACGAUUAUUAUACACAUAGCUUUUAAUUUCAUUUUUAUAAAGCGUUUUAUGUUGCUAGAAUCGUUUGUUUCUAUUGCUAAGACAUCUAGUUCUUAUUUAACAAUAAUACCACUGUUUUGAAUUUUAAGUAUCGACAUUUCAAAUUUAUAUAUCAACCAUUCAAUUUGCGACACAUAAUUUAAGCGUCGGAAUUCAUUGCGUUGGUGUUGCUACAAGACAAGACUGUUAAGUGACAAUGAAUGUAUAUUUCUUUGCCUCGGUUUGUAACUGUGAAAAUAUUAGUUUGUUGUUGUUGUUGUUGUUGUCUUCGUUGUUUUUAAGCAAAGUUUUAUUUCGUUUCACAGGCAUGCAUGUAAUCGUCGGCAACCACGGUACUAAAUUGCGGUAUUCUUAAUAACAAAUCAUAGCGUGGUAGUGUAUCUGGGUAUCCGACGAUAACAUACAUGUAGCAAAAGUGUGUCUGAUACGCUUGUUGCCUUUUUUCAUUAUUGUACGCCUUUUUAACAAAAUGCAUUUUAAACUACACUGUAUGACUUAUUUCAUGGUGUCGUUGUUUAAGUAGUUUUUUUAUAAAAUGUUUUAUUUGCAUUUA